UUAGAAAAAUCGUCUCUAAAAAUCACCACAGGUUUCAAAUCAUGGCCGAAACAACCAUGAUUUUCAAAUCAAUUCUCAUAGCCUUAAUUUCCUUAACACAAUGUGAAGCUUUCACCGUCGACCUAAUCCACCGAGACUCGCCUCACUCUCCGUACUACGAUCCUUCCCAAUCUCGUUAUCAACGCCUCACGAGCGCGGUCCAAAGAUCGUUCCAUCGUGUCCAUCGAUUCAAGACCUCGUCAAAAUCACCACGGUCGGAUGUCAUCAACUCGGACGGAGAGUACCUAAUGAAAUACUCGAUCGGCACACCGCCAAUCGCGUCACUCGCAAUCGCUGACACGGGCAGCGACAUCAUAUGGACGCAGUGCCAGCCGUGCAUCCAAUGCUUCAACCAAACCCUACCGAUAUUCAAACCUAAAAGUUCGUCCACGUACAAAACCAUCCCAUGCAGUGACCGGAAGUGCAAAUCGUUGUACGAAACUUCUUGCAGUAGGACUGGGAAAAACUGUCUCUACUCCGAGACGUACGGCGACGGGUCAUUCACAAACGGCCUUCUUGCGACGGAAACCAUCACGCUAGACUCGAGCGACGGAAAAAGGGUUUCGUUCCCGAAUUUAAUAUUCGGAUGUGGAUUUAAAAACGGCGGGAUAUUCGACGGGGGCGAAUCGGGAAUCGUCGGGCUCGGAGGCGGAACGGCUUCUCUCGUUAGGCAAUUAGGUCAAGGGAUGUUCUCUUACUGCUUGAUCCCGUUAUCGGACAAUAAAUCGAGCUCGAGUAAAUUGAAUUUCGGCGACAGCGCUAGGGUUUCGGGUGAGGGGGUGGUGACCACCCCCUUGGUCAAGAAAGAACCGGACACUUACUACUAUUUGACUUUGGAAGGAAUCAGUAUCGGGAGUGAACGGCUCGGAUUCUCUGAUAAAGAAUCCGGUUCCGAGGUCAACGGUAUAGAUGGAAACGUGAUCAUUGACUCGGGUACGACGUUGACUUUGCUUCCGGCUGAUUUGUACGGAAAGUACGAGAAGGCGAUUAGGGGUAUUGUUAAGCUGAAGGAGUUUAAGGAUCCAAGGGGGGAUUUCAGUUUGUGCUAUUUGACGAGAGAGGAUAUAAGGAAUAUUCCUGAUGUGACAGUUCAUUUCAAAGGGGCGGAUUUGAGGUGGAGGUACGAGAAUGUUUUUGUCCGGAUAAGUGACGUGGCGGUUUGCUUGGCGGCGGCGGCGUCGACGGAGAUUGGUAUUUUUGGGAAUUUAGGGCAGGUUAAUUUUUUGGUGGGGUAUGAUUUGGUUAAGAGAACGGUGUCGUUUGAGGCUGCUGAUUGUGCCAAAUUCUGAUUAUUAUAUUUAUUUAUUUAUUAGGGCUUAUAUCAACUACAGUA